AAGGUGUACAAGAUUUUCUUAGAGUGAUUUGCCCCCCGGGGGAAUAUCUAUAGGUUCGAAACUUAAUUGAAAUCUGAAGGAAUGUAGAGUCUCUUGUUUCUUCCGUUUGGAUGAGCAAUCAUAACGCAGUUUUGUCAUUCUGUGAUCGGAUGGUUAUGAAAAUUGGCGAUGGCAAUGUAAGGAAGAAGGUGAUAUUCUGGCGAAGUCGUAAUGGACCGGUAUGACCCUGGACCGGAGUAAUAAUUGUCCGGAGGAUCUUGAACAAUUGCUUCGCUUCCUUGGCAGUACGAAGGAAUUAAACUUUUGCAGCUAAAGAAAUAUAUUCACAGCUUUUCGUGGACGCUAGAGAAUUCUAUGCUUAGAUAAUCCACUGGCUUGCCUGAAAUAUGGAGCAAGAGAACUUUGAAUGUAUUGAAACAAUGCCAUCACGACGUGCCAGAAGAAAUUCGUUCCGGAGGACACUAAUCAGAAGAAAUGACACCCUGGCUGUUCCUGAAAGAAGAAGACCAGUCCAUGGCCUAGGUAAGAGCAGUAGGACGUACCCUGUUCAUUUUGCAGCUAUGACAGGGAACUUGAAGGAAAUCGAAAGACUGGUUAAGUCUGACAUCAUCAAGAAGGUUAUCAGUAGCAUCGACCAAGACGAAAUGACCCCCCUCCAUUAUGCAGCCAGAAACGAUGACUGCUAUAUGGCAUCAACACUGCUCACACAUGGUGCUAUUCUGGAUUGCAUUACCAAACGGGGCACACCGUUACAGAUAGCAAUGAGAUACCGUAAAGCUGAUGUCUGCUUUCUGCUGCUGCGCAACGGUGCAGAUGUGGAGCUCCAAGACCAUGAUGGCAUGAACGCAUUGCAUUUAGCUGCAGAUAACAGCCUUUCGGAUGUUGCGUUAAAGCUCGUAGCAUCUUUUAUGGUGGAUGUCAAUUCUAAAGAUUCGCAGAUGAACACUGCCUUGCAUUACGCGGCAAUAAACGGCAGUGUUGCCAUUUGUAAGACUCUAUUAGAAUACGGGGCUACAGCAUAUCUUUGCAACCAUAGCAAGGAAACCGCCCUUCAUCUUGCUGCGGCGGAAAAUAACCUUGAAAUAAUCACGGCGCUGCUAAAUAUCGAUUUCUCCUCGACACCUGUAACAAAAAUUGCUUUUCUAAAUAUGAAGAGAAACGACGAGAAGACAGCGCUGCUUUUGGCUUUUCGAAUGGGACACUUAGAAAUAGCGAAGCUGCUAAUCGAGCAUGGCGCCGAUUUACAGGCAGAAGCAAGCGGGAACAAAACCGCUCUCCAUUUUGCAGCCAAAUCCGGCAACGUAGAAGUGGUAACGUUCUUGAUGGAACAUAUGUUUCCCACUGAUGUACAGGACAAGAAAAAGAGAACGCCGUUACAUUAUGCUAUAUAUAACGGAAACAGCGAAGUAGCCAGGCUUUUGCUAACAAAAGGAGCUUCGGUAAACGUGAGAGACUGCCUCGGAACCACCCCGUUGUUGCUAGCUGUGGAAAAAGGCAAUCAUACAUUGGUAUUGUCUCUCUUAGAGAGUGGCGCAGUUUCUUCAGACCAGGACAACAAGUUAAAAACAGGUCUUCAUUAUGCAAUAGAAAAAGAAAGUUUUCAGCUGGUAAAUUUGCUCUUAGACGAUUGUAAAGAGCUGAUCAGCAAAAAAGAUGAAGAAAAUCGAUCUCCUUUGCAUUAUGCUGCUGAAUCUGGAUGUGCCGAGAUUCUGAAGUACAUUGUGGAAAGGACUAUGCAAUUAAACAAAACCAACAAUUUCGGAGAGGCACCUCUUCAUAUUGCUGCAAGCCUUGGCCAUGUUGACUGCAUUGAAAUCCUAGCAAACGAUAGAAAUGGUGAAUCGAUCAAUUUUAGAAAUCGUGAAGGUCAAACUCCACUACAUUUGGCGGUCAUCCACAACAAACCGUCUGUAUGUUUAGCAUUGUUGGAACGAAAUGCAGCAGUAGACCCCAUCGACAGUAAUAAUUGGACACCAUUGCAGUAUGCUAGCUUUUAUAACAACGUGGAGAUUGUUAGAAUCCUUUUACAGUGUGAGGCCAGCUUGAACUACGCAGAUUGCUGGGGGAGCACUCCGUUGAUGAUAGCAGCUGAAGCAGGAAAUUCAGACACGGUGAUACUGCUAUUAGAAGCAGGGGCCAGUGUAGUGGCAACGAACGAAGAUGGAGACAAUUUCUUCGAUCUCGCCCUUGACUGUCACAGAGAAUCUGUCGUCCAAAAGAUUUUGGAGAGUAGCAGAUGGCGGCAAGCCAUUUCAAGUAAAGAUGCCAAUGGAAGCCACUUCAUGACAAAGCUUAUAGAAAGGUACCCAAGUGCUGCUGAAAUAGUAUUGAAUCGCUCUACCUCGUUUUCAGAUCACCAUCCUGAGCAUCCGGAUUUCACAGUCACCUUUGACUACGUUUUCCUCGAAGAGGUUCCUGGAAGUUUAUCUAUAGGGGCAGAUUUCGUCAAGAUAUUUUCAAAAAAUCAUGGUGUACCUUACUUUGCUCCUAAACUGAUGUCCAAGUUCGGCCGUGAACAACUGAUGCAGCAUCCAAUUAUUACGAGCUUGCUGUCCUUGAAAUGGGAGAGACUUUGCCGCUACUUCUACUACUCGCGAUUCUUCGUCUACCUGGUCUUCAACGUCUUCUUGAACGUAAUUGUUGUUUUGGAAAGGAAAACGCAAAACAGAAUAGACAUAAGUAAAGCAAAACUCAACCGAACGAACGAGAGCUUUACUGGAUUAGAGAGUGACUUGCCUUCAGCAAAUAGUUACGGCAGAAUCAUGGGAUUUGUUGUGCUAACAUUCGCAUUCUUGCAACUCCUGAAUGAAGCUAUGAAGAUGGUAGUUUUUCGGCACAAGUACUUCUAUAGGUUCGAGAAUUAUCUGGAGUUGACUUUAUACAUAUCGACGAUCGUUUUUAUGGUGACUUUUCUAUUUCGUCCCAGUACUGCAGAAGAGCCAGUGGUAACUGUUUUGCUGUGUAUAUUCCUGGCCUGGACAAACCACCUACUCUACAUGCAAGUGCUUCCUUUUUACAGUUUGUACGUGGUCAUGUUCGUACAUGUGUGCAUGACAGUCAUCAAGCUACUGAUCAUUUUUGCAGUUAUCCUCUUGGCUUUCAUUUUGAUAUUCUAUUUGCUGUUCAUCAACCAGACAGGGUUUCAAUCCACGAAUGCAGUUAUUGUUAAGAUUCUCGUAAUGAUGACCGGCGAAUUCGACUUCAGUAACUGGCUGGCAGGGAGCAAAAACACAGAGAUUGACAACUACGCCGUACUACCGUAUCCAGAAAUGACCUAUCUUGUUUUCGUGCUGUUCUUAUUGCUGGUGACCGUAGCAUUUACAAACUUGCUUAUUGGUUUAGCCGUUGGAGACAUUGAGAAAAUACGAUCAUCAGCAAAAAUGCACAUUGUAAAACAGCAAUUGCAGCUUAUUGAAAGCAUUCAGAUGGUAGUUCCCAAGUAUCUUCUGAAGAAAUACAUCCAAAAAAGAAAAAUAGCUUACAAAAUAAACAAGAAAUCUAAGCUGCAAAGGUUGAUCGAAGAACUGACUUCAGACACCAGAGAUCAAGAGCUGAAAAGGCUGAGGAUGACGCAAAUAGACUUCGAAUCCUACAAGACGGUUUAUGAGGAUUACACAUAAUGGCAGAACUAGCCUUACUUCGCUAGAGAGUUGUCUUAAAACAUACGCUUUUCCAAUAGUUGCGUGACAGACAACCUGAUUUGUUUUCUAAAACAUAGAGUAACUUUCAUGAAGUACCAACAAUCCCGGACAAAAAUAAUGAAGACUUUUCAAGAACAAAUGAAAGAACUACUAAUCCAAAAUUGAUUCGGAGGAAAAAGGGGAUUCGGAUUUACAUAGGCAAGAGAAAGUAGGAAGUUAAAAAAAUUGCAUUUUUUCUCAACAUUUUUUCCAGGAUUUUAGCUUUCCAUUGCUGUGAACAUAUGGAUCAGUAAUUUUGCAACAAAGUAUACAUAAUAUGGGUUAAGCAAGUGAUUAACUUUGUAAACAAUACAAUCUUUAUAAGCAUAUAUUGUUUGUAUCUAUACUUCUCUUUUAUAAUAUCAUCUUUAUCAUCUUUAUAACUUUUGAAACAUAGCAGAUAUAUUUAUCUUGUCGGUACAAAAUUUGAAUGUUGCUUUAAAAGAACAGCAAACAUGUCGAAACAUAUCAAAAGCUUUUCGUUUGACACUCCUCCAGAAAGAGUUUGUUUUCUCUCUUGGGCUCCAGAAGUGGUUUUUCUAUAGACACGCAGUACUGAUUGCUAACUAUACAGGUUAUGUGCUGUCGAUUUUCUGAUUGGCCUAUUUCAAUCCACAAUUGGGUAUAUAUCAAUCAUCUUGUUCUUUCGAACCCUUAUUCUGAUGUUUUAUACUUGAGGAGUGUCAGACGAAAAAGCUUGAAGUGUGCUAUGAAAUGUUUGCUUUAUCGAAGCCAUUUUCCAUCAGAUAUCGUUUACAACCAGAUUGUUAUGCAAAAUCCCAAGUAAUUUUUCCAAUGCCUCGUUUUUCAUUUCCAUUGGCUUUGCCAGUGAUGCAUCUUUUUCAAUAAAAUGAUUGUUGUGGGUAGAAUUUUCAAAUAAGUAAAGUUGAAUAGACGUUACAAUCUUCGGGUUUGUUACCAUCUGUUGUGUAAAUUUCUGCAUUUCUGCAACUUGUUUUGAAUCUUGUAUUCCGGUGAAGUGAAAGAAGUUGAAUAUGUAAGAUAAAAGGGCAGUAUUGGUAGAGCGCGUAGAAUGUUUAAUGAUCUGAUAUGAUUUGUUGGAUAGAGUUAAAUAGCUUAUAAUAUGAUUAUUAAAGAACAAGACAUAGGAAGUCAGCUGAUGCCUGGCCGAUGUUCAAGGUAAUAAUUUUUUCAAAGGCAGCUGCGAGAACCACGCUUCUUGCACUCCUGGAAGAUUCAAUACAGCAAAAGUGCAUACAUUGUCUCAAUUUUAAAAGUAGCAUGAUUCUUUAAGUAGGAAUUAUUUAUAGAUAAACAAACGUUCUCGGAUUAAUAGAUCAAGAAAAAUUUUUGCAUACAAGAAUGCAAAGAGUCAUAAAUAUUAAGACAAAUAUGGAAAACUUGCGGAUAUUCUAUGGGCAUAUCAAAGACGAAAGACGAUUCAUGGAAAUUAUCGCACAGUUUAAAAAUAUUCCAUGAUAUUUCGGGACAAUUUGUUGAACUGGAUGACGAUACGCCUUCACAGGGACCUUUACAGUUUUUGAGUGCAAACCAAGGCAAAAAAUAUGAACUAGCAAACAGUAUUUGAGCUGUAUAGUAUACCCUGUAAAACCCGGUUUCGCCUUCUGGAAUUGACGGCUGCAUUUCUCGCCAUUCUAUGGAGGCUUAAUAUCGGGGCUUAAAGCCACACAGUCGCAGGCGAUGAAAAAGUCGAUGAAAGAUUUGACGCCGAAGAAAUUUGACUUUUCCUUAUCUCAUUCUGGUCAUCGACAACAGGGAUACUAUUUUGAAAAUAUACCUUUUCAAUGUACAUUUUUAAAAUGAAAUAUUUCCAGACCGUUGUCGCAAUCAUUUACAUUUUUCAUUACAUUCGACAUAUUUUGUUGUAAUUGUGAUGAUUUUUUGGAAGAAAAUUCUGUAAUUGAGCAUUGAUACGGUAAUAUGGUUAAAGUGUUGUUUACGUUUUAUGGCUUAAAAUAUUGAAUCUCAUUCUAAGGAAAAUCGAGUGAGUUUUAUCAUUUGAUGUAGCAGGGUUUUGUUGCGGAGUAAAGUGAUUCUCGGCAAACAGUAUGCUGAAGAUUUUUACGCUGAAAGAAUUUCGGAAAUUGCUUCAUUCGUUCUGGAGAUAUCGGCGAUUUUUUCGAACAUAAUUCUGGUCAUUUAAAACAGGGAUACCAUAUGCGAAUACACGCUUUUUUAUAAGGAACCUACCUCAAGGCCUAGUUCCAAAAGUUCCUUAUUCGUAGACCUCAAAUCAUCAAAUUGUAGUACCAAAAGUUCCUUAA